CUUUCGGCAAGAGCUUGAACUUCACACCAUGGCAGCAAUUCUGAGCGAAAGUUUAGGAUAUGGAAUCGUGCUGGGCUUUGGUCUGGUAUUUGCAGGUAUCAUGACACUCAUCACUAUGAUCCAAAAGCGCUUCUUGGGCGAGAAAAUUACCUCGGAGGAGUAUAUGGCGGCUGGCCGAAGCGUCAAGACAGGCCUUGUUGCCUCAGCUGUCGUCUCCUCCUGGACCUGGGCUGCCACCCUGCUGCAGUCAUCCUCUGUCGCAUAUAAGUACGGUAUCUCUGGGCCUUUUUGGUAUGCAUCCGGAGCCAGCGUGCAGGUACUGCUGUUUUCUGUCCUCGCCAUUGAGCUCAAGCGCAAGUGUCCCAACGCCCACACAUUCCUCGAAAUCAUCUCGAUCCGAUACGGUCGAAAGGCCCAUUUUGUUUUCCUGUUCUUUGGUCUCCUCACCAACAUCAUCGUCAGCGCCAUGCUCCUACUCGGAGGAUCCGCUGUGGUGACGGCACUGACGGGUAUGAACACCAUUGCCGCAUGCUUUCUCCUGCCCCUGGGAGUCAUCAUCUACACGCUGUUCGGUGGUCUCAAGGCCACGUUUAUCGCAGAUUACACGCACACAGUGGUGAUCAUGAUCAUCGUUCUACUCUUCAGCUUUACAGCGUAUACGACGUCCGACCUUAUUGGCAGCCCUGGAAAGAUGUAUGAACUCUUGCAGCAAACCGCGUCCUUACAUCCCGUAGACGGAAACCACGAGGGAAGUUAUCUGACGAUGGCCAGCUCCCAGGGCUUGAUGUUUGGGAUCAUCAAUUUGUGCUCGAACUUUGGAACGGUCUUUAUCGAUAACGCGUACUGGCAGCGAGCCAUUGCAGCUUCGCCCCACUCUACUGUCAAGGCUUACUUGAUCGGAGGCCUGUCCUGGUUUGCUAUCCCCUUCACACUUGCGACCACUUUGGGCAUCUCGGCUGUCGCACUCGAGUCCAACGAGCGUUUCCCCACCUUCCCCAACCGUAUUUUGCCAAGCGACGUUUCGGCAGGAUUGGUAGCUCCCAAUGCUGCUGUGGCGUUGUUGGGGCACGGAGGUGCUGUUGCGGUGCUGCUGCUUGUGUUCAUGGCUGUCACCUCCGCAGCGAGCGCGGAGCUGAUUGCAGUGAGCUCUAUUUCUACCUUUGACGUUUAUCGCACCUACAUCAACCCCAUGGCAACAGGAAAGCAGAUCAUUAGGGUCUCGCAUGCUGUCGUGGUAGGAUUCGGUAUCAUUAUGGGGGUACUUGCCGUGAUCCUGAAGGAGGCUGGCAUCGAUCUCGGAUACCUCUACUCGUUGAUGGGAGUCCUGAUCUCGUCUGCUGUCCUUCCCGUUACAUUCUCACUCCUCUGGAAGAAGCAGAACGCCCUCGCAGCUUGUGUUGCCCCGAUUGGAGGCCUCUUCAUCUCGAUUACGGCUUGGUUGGUUUGUGCAAAGCUUUACUCUGGCGAGAUCACACUGGCGACUACGGCCACGGACCAGGCGAUGUUGGCAGGCAACUUGGCGGCUCUGAUUAGUGGAGGGGCUAUCUCGGCAGUAAUUUCGUGGAUCAAUCCUGACAACUAUACGUUUGACGGCACACGUUCUUUGAGACAGGUUACGGACGACAGCAACUCGGCCGAGGCUCCUGGUAGUGACGACUCUUCUGAGGAUGUGACAACGAGUGCGAUGGUUGAUGAAAAGAGGGGAGUCAAGGAAGCAACGACCGUCGAGGUAGCUAAACUCAAGGAAGGAUGGGGCUUUGAUGCAGAAGAGGAUGCGAAAUUGCGUAAGGCUUCGACGUUUGCCAGAUGGAGUUCGAGCACGAUGGCUGUAGUGCUGAUACUACUGUGGCCACUGCCAAUGUUCUUUUCGAAGUAUGUGUUCUCGCGUGGGUUCUACACCGGAUGGGUAGUGCUCAGCAUCAUGUGGGCGAUUUGCUCAACAAUUGCGGUGACGAUCUAUCCGCUGUGGGAGUCGCGUUCGGCUAUCGGCGUGGUCUUCAAGGGCUUGUACGAAUCUGUGACACGCAAGCGGUCGACCUCGGCGGUGUAAAGCAUGGAUGCAGCCCCAGUUCAUG